ACUAACAAAAAAUGAAAAAGAUAUUAAGUUAUUAGAUCCAAUGAAAGAUGCAAAUGAUUCAUAUGAAGAAAUCUUGUUAGAAAGUGAAAGUGAAGAAUUGUUUGAAUUAGAUGCUAAAAAAACUAAUUGUGAAACAGAUAGUACAAAGAGUGAACAUAAAUACAAUCUUAACAUUCCACCUAGACAAGCUACUCCUCCUCCUUUUUCUCAAAAAUGCACAUAUAUGGAUAUUGAUAUCAUACCUAAACAAGUCAAACAACUUAAAGAAAUUAUCUCUCAAUCACCUAUUACAAAAACAACUACUGUUCUCCCAUUACUAUUCCCUUUAAACUAUUCUACAACUCAACAAGGAAUCUUAUCUAGUUCAAAACAAACUUCUCAAAUCCAAGCACAUUCUCAUCAUGCACAUACUU